GAACGGAGUACGCAGUGCAAGUAUUUGGAAGAUUGUGUAAUAAAUUGCACUUAAAAGUAGGUGCGUUUAUUAAAUAGUUUUUCGACGAAUGUGCUUCAGUUUUACGGAAUAAGUGAAAGUGCAGCAAAAGCUGAAAAUGGCGUACAGACUUUUAACAACAGCCCGCCGGUUAGAGUCAACUUUGGCGAGUCUGAAUCGACAACAUCGUACCGUGAAUUCCAAUGACUGUGAACAGAUUAUUAGAAGCUUAAGUAGCCUGCAGUCUAGCAGAAACCAAGUCUGGAACGAAUUCUUGCAUCGAAUUCAGUUGUUCUGCGAGAACCCUCCGAAGGGAUUUGAAAAGUAUUAUAAACAGGGCGGCAAGAAAGCUGCUGCUGCCUCGGGAGAAACUCAGGCCGCACAAGCCAACAAAGAGUCCGACUCGACAUCCAAUGAGGGGGCUUCAACUAGCUCAAAAAGUCAACAUACCCAGGCACAGCAACCGGCAAAAAAUGACUGGAACUUAGGAAUGUUUGGUCCACAAUCUCCGAAGGGUAAAGGGGGAAGCAGUGGAAAUACUGGUGGAGGAGGAGCAGGAGGAGGUGGUGGUGCCGGUAGGCCCAUUGGAGGAGAAGGUAGCGAUAAGGAAAAAAUGAUGGUCUUUGGUGCGCUGGCAGGAGUGGCACUAAUUUCGGCUAUUGCAUAUUUCGAAAUGGGCUACAAAGAAAUCGCGUGGAAAGAUUUCGUGAAUAAUUAUCUUGCCCGUGGGAUUGUCGAAAAGCUAGAAGUAGUGAAUAAAAAGUGGGUCCGUGUACGAUUAACCCCGGGAAAUGCAACCGAUGGAACGGGUACUUUAUGGUUCAAUAUUGGCAGCGUUGAUUCCUUCGAGCGAAACCUGGAAAGCGCUCAAAGUGAUAUGAACAUUGAACCCGUAAAUUUUGUUCCGGUCAUCUAUCGAAGCGAGAUUGAAGCCUCAAGUUUGACAGGUAUUCUACCCACCUUACUUAUCAUCGGUUUCUUGGUGUACAUGAUGCGCCGAUCGUCGGAGAUGAUGGGUGGUCGAAAGGGCAUGAAGGGUGGAGGCCUAUUUGGCGGUGUAAUGCAAUCAACGGCCAAACUUAUUAAUGCAAACGAAAUAAGCGUAGGUUUCAAAGAUGUUGCCGGAUGCGAAGAAGCAAAAAUCGAAAUUAUGGAAUUCGUCAACUUUCUGAAAAACCCUCAACAGUACAUCGAUUUGGGUGCAAAAAUUCCGAAAGGAGCCAUGUUGACCGGUCCGCCCGGAACUGGUAAAACGCUGCUUGCUAAAGCGACUGCUGGUGAAGCAAAUGUUCCGUUUAUAACCGUAUCCGGAUCGGAAUUUCUGGAAAUGUUUGUCGGUGUUGGUCCGUCUCGAGUUCGGGAUAUGUUUGCAAUGGCUCGAAAGCAUGCACCGUGUAUACUGUUUAUUGACGAAAUUGAUGCAGUCGGCCGAAAACGUGGUGGAAAAAGUUUCGGAGGUCAUUCCGAACAAGAGAAUACUUUGAAUCAAUUGCUGGUGGAAAUGGACGGCUUUAACACUACUACUAACGUUGUAGUCCUUGCGGCUACGAACAGAGUAGAUAUUCUGGACAAAGCGUUAUUGCGACCAGGUCGUUUUGACAGACAAAUAUUUGUACCGGCCCCGGAUAUUAAAGGUCGUGCCAGUAUUUUCAAAGUACAUUUAGGACCUCUUAAGACCGAUAUAGAAAAAACUUCAUUGGCAAGGAAGAUGGCAGCGUUGACACCUGGGUUUACUGGAGCCGACAUUGCCAAUGUCUGCAAUGAAGCUGCUUUAAUAGCAGCCAGAGAUUUGAACGAAUCAAUUAUAAUGAAACAUUUUGAACAGGCUAUAGAACGUGUUAUUGCAGGUAUGGAAAAGAAAACAAAUGUUCUGGCGCCGGAUGAGAAGCGUACGGUCGCUUAUCACGAGGCAGGACACGCCGUUUCCGGAUGGUUCCUAGAACAUUCCGAUCCUUUGCUUAAAGUAUCAAUCAUCCCACGAGGUAAAGGGUUGGGUUAUGCACAGUACUUACCGAAAGAUCAAUAUCUUUUGUCAACGGAACAGUUGUUCGAUCGCAUGUGCAUGACUUUAGGAGGACGGGUUUCAGAAGAAUUGUUCUUUGGCAGAAUCACUACAGGCGCCCAGGAUGACUUGAAAAAAAUUACAGACAGCGCAUACGCACAGAUUACUCGAUUUGGAAUGAACAAAAAAGUCGGUCAAGUCAGUUUCGAUAGCUCGCAACCGGGUGAUCCUAUGUUUACUAAACCGUACUCUGAACAAACGGCACAACUGAUUGAUGAAGAAGUUCGACUAUUAAUCGAUAAAGCAUACAAACGAACAAAAGAAUUGCUCGUUAAACAUAAGGCAGACGUAGAGAAGGUUGCUGAACGAUUACUGAAGAAUGAAAUUCUAAGCCGGGAUGACAUGAUCGAGCUGCUAGGCAAAAGACCGUUCCCAGAGAAAUCUACGUACGAGGAAUUCGUAGAAGGUACCGGUUCCUUUGAGGAAGACACUACAUUACCAGAGGGAUUAUCGAGUUGGAACAAGGAAAAGGCGGCCGAAGCGGAUGGCGACACGAGUAGUAAAAAACCAGAACCAACCAAAGCGUAGCCUGCAUUUGUUUGUUUAUAGAUGUUCUGAAAGCUAACUAAAAGUUUAGAUCAUGAUUGAAUCGACGCAAAAAAAAAUAAAAUUGUUACUGAUACAUGCUUGCAUUGUUUCU